AUGACAGAGUAUUCUGCUCAGCGGAUCUUCCUCGCAUCUGAGUUAGAACACAGUGACACUAGCUUGGACUUGACUGGCAUCUGCGAGAAUGAUAUUGAUGUUUCGACAACGUCCGGGACGUCUACGAUGACUCUCAUUGGUGUUUGCUCGCAAGAAUCUCUGACCGCGCCGCCUACGCAGCUUUAUGGACUCGCGCUGCCAUGUCUACUGGUAAAACUGCCACGCCAAUGGUAUACAGCUCUUCGACUGCCGCACUCCAUGGGCAUCUUAAAUUACAGCCAUAGCGAAGACAAAUACAGACUAUUAAGACAAAUGAUGCCAGCUUACUACUAA